CUACAAAACCUGAAGCAUAAGCUGUCAAUUCCAUUUCGUCCACGCUCACAAAAACCAAUCUAGGGUUCAGUCGAUAUGCAGGGUGGGAUGUCUCAGUCGAACCGUCCUUCCAUGAUGCAGGCCAGUGCAACUGCAAGCGAAGGUUUAGGACAGACACCUCGUCGGAAGUUUCGCAAGGGUGACCGCACUCGGAGAAUGUGGGUUCCAAGAGAGGAGGAGAUUUUGGCAUCUGCAUUGCUGGAUUUGGUUGCUGGUGGCUGGAAAGCCGAUAACGGAUUUCGAACUGGGUAUCUCACCAAAAUCGAGGACAGCCUUCGUGCCGAGUUCCCCAAAACUGACUUGAAGGGAACCCCUCACAUAACCUCUAAAAUUUCGGCUUGGAAAAAGAGCUAUGGCAUCCUAAGAGCGAUCCUGGGGCGCACUGGAAUUGGGUUCAACAGUGAUGGUGAUCAUAAGAUAGAUUGCACCGACGAACAGUGGGAGCAGAUCGUUGCGGCUGACAAAGAUGCCAAAUUUAUGCGAACCAAAUCGUGGCCCUAUUGGGAGACAUGGAAGUGUAUCUUCGGCAAGGAUAGAGCAUCCGGGAUGGGAGCUGAAACACUUCAAAAUGCAGCCAAGCGUGUGCGUGCCGAAAUGGCCGGUGGGAGCCAGGUGUAUGAGAAUGACUAUCACCCAUCACUGGAUGAUAUAGAGUUAGAAACCUCCCCACCCCUUGAGCAGACAACCGACCUUAAUGACACCGCUUCUAGGCAAAGUGUUAAGGAAAUGUCCUCUGUCAAAACCACUAGCGUGAAGCGCAAACGUGAUAUGGGCGAUGCCCCUCUGAUGGAGUACCUCGGUAACCUACAUGCGGAAACAAAUGCAAGAUUGGAGAUGAUUUCCAAAAGGAUCGGAUAUGAGUUUGACUGCAUGAAAGCAAGAGAGGAUGUGUUUGAGAAAUUGUGCACUGUACUUCAAAUGCGAUUUUUGGGGCACCAACCAAUAGGGGAGUUGGAGGCGCAUGAACUAGUGUGUGGGGACUUGGUCGACGGUCCAACUUGGGGAUCCCCAAAUGUGGUUGGUUUGGGUAGGGUUCGUGACAUUCGAACAUGA